AUGCCAAUAGAGAAAAUAUUCAAAGUGUUCUCGGAUGGUUCUUUUGACACACAAAAGAAGUAUUUCAUUGAAACUGUUGUUCGGAACAGAGACUUGGUCUUUGACCCAGAAGGAUCGAUUGAUCCAAAGUUUUCCAAAGAGACUUUCCAAAUGGUUUCGGUACCACCAGACAUUGCCUUUGAGUCGAUUUUCUUCCAAAUAUUUUCCAAAGAAUUACUCGUCCAAUUUUUAGUUGUGUUUUCACAGACUUACACGUAUGACUACUUUUUAUCCAAACUCGAGUCGAAAUAUAAUUUGUUCAACGUGUCAACUGAUGUUUCAAAUCACGAGAAAAAGCGACUCAAAGAAGUAGCCGAACUUUAUUUUGAAUUCUAUGGGACUCUGAUGCCACUGGAUAUCAGACAGAAGUUCGACGAUUUCAUCAAAAGAGCAACAGAACUGAAAAACAGAGUCGUCCACGCCAAAAGAAGUACACCACGAAGUCGCACACCACGGCAUUCUAACAGCUUGGAACGACAAGACGACUCCAUAAAAAAGCAAGAGUCUGUAGUCGACAUCGAGAACAGAGAGAAGUCAAGUCUCUCUAAAAAUAGGACACAGAGUUUACUGCAAAUAACAAACACAAAAGUCUCAUUGGCCGACAAGAAAGUGCUUGUGACAACACCAAAGGGGUUUCUGAGUGUUGAUGAAAUUGUCAAAAAAGUCACCACAAAAAUUGGUAUCAAUUCACUCUUAAAAGAGGUGGUGGACUACAACGAGAAGACGCAGAAGCUAUUGAGUAAUAUAGAAAUAUCUUUAAGACUGUUAGCAGAGCAGUUGUAUGUCACCGAUUUGUAUUUGAUCAAAAAGGUGUCAAUAGGCGACUUUUUGAGUGAAAGUGCACUUUCGAAAAAGUACUCACAAGACUUGAACAGUAUCAUUUCUGUAUUUGGAAAAACAGUUGGCGUUGCUACAAACAAAACUGAGAUAUUUGAAUUUUUCAUUAGUGUGGCGUGUGAGUGUUUGGAGAUCUCAGAGUACAACUUUGGGUAUCUCAUUUAUUGCGAAUUCACUUCAUUGAGCAUCAAAAUGGAAUAUGCAGAAGCAUUUGAACACUUGGGAAAAGCAAUAAAAGAAAAGUACAACAAACUCAACAACAUCUUUUCUAUUUCAAAAAAGAACACUUACUUCGAGCACUUCGACAAAGUCACUACAAACAAAUUCCCAAUCACCUCUUAUAUGACUGUAGCGGUUGUUGCAAGCAAUGUCACAAAAAUGAAAGACUUCAGUGGUGAAGAUUAUAACCACAAUUUUGUAAGUCGAAUGAAUAUCCCAGGUAACGUAAUGGUUGCGUUAUACAACGUUUUGAAAAGUACUAUUAAAUACCCAUUUCAUAAAUUAAUACAAAAGUACUUGGCGAUGUGUCUCAAUGAAUUUGAGUCUGUACAACUCUGGUCACAAUUAUUAAUUUUUAAUUGUUUUUAA